UCUGCGCAUGCGUAAGUCUACGUUGAUCAGAAAAGUCUGGAAGUAGGUAAACAAGGAGAUGGGUGUUCGGUAAUUAUCUAUCGAACAGCAAUUUCUCUGCCCAGUGAUUUAAAGACACGUUACAUUACGUAGUUCUGUAGUUCCUGUAACAGUUUCAAAAUGAGUGCCGAGGCUUCCUCGUCGUCUCCGAACGAGGAAUGCGGUUCUCCAAAUGAUGAUCAAAAUGGGACCUACGAAUGCAACAUCUGCCUUGAAACUGCGAAUGAUCCUGUCGUUAGUAUGUGUGGACACUUGUUUUGUUGGCCAUGCUUGCAUCAGUGGCUGGAGACUCGGCCCAAUAGACAGACAUGUCCAGUUUGUAAAGCAGGCAUUGGCAAGGAUAAGGUGAUUCCUAUUUAUGGCAGAGGAAAUCCAAAUCCACAAGAUCCAAGAGAAAAACUGCCCCCAAGACCAGCUGGGCAGAGGUCUGAACCAGAAUCCUCUAAUCCCUUCCAGAGCUUUGGUUUUGGUGGUGAUGGCAAUUUCCAGUUUUCAUUUGGAAUUGGUGCUUUCCCCUUUGGGAUUUUCGCGUCCACAUUCAACUUUAGUGAUGGCAGGCCAGGGCCACCGCCACCAAACUCCCCUCAGCAGGCAGAGGAGCAAUUUCUCAGCAAGGUGUUUCUCUGGGUGGCUAUCAUCUUUAUCUUCUGGCUCCUCAUAGCAUGAACGAAGACUGCGGCCACAGGAUCAGCUGUCUGUUUGUCUUUGUCACUUUCUUCCCAGUCGUCAAGUGACCACAGCUAAUACAUCAUGGUACAGUUGUAUCUGAGAAGGGAAGGACAGUGCUUUGGGUUUUUAUAGUUUACAGCUAGCUGCGUUCGUAGUAUUGAAUAAUGAACAUGAAAUUUGUUUCUUGCCAUAUGAUUUUAUCAUGGAAACAAAAGCUGUUGGUGUCAUCUCAGGGAAAAUAUCUCUUGGAAAAAUGUGGGGCACUGACAGCUUGAGAGUGACGUGAAGAUCAUUUCAUGGGAAGUUUGGUUUGAUGGAUAAGAAUUUCCAGCUGCAACAGAAAAGGGGUUUCUUGUAUGCAUCUUGAGAAGGAAAGUGCAAUUUUGUACCGUUUCAUCAGUGUACAGAUUAUUGUGUCUCCUUUUCAUCAAUGGAAACAUUUGACUACCAAUUUGCAUCAGCAAUAUUCUUUUUAUGAAUCGUGGUAAUUUUUAUUUAAUAGUGUCCAGUUUCCAUGCAAGUUUAUGCAAAAACGGCUGUAUAAGAGGGUGUUUGAUUCCAUUUGGUUCUGAUUCCCAGAUUUUUAAAAAGUUCAAUAGCCUGGUCACUUAUUUCUUCAGUGAUUGGACUUCCCCAAACUUGUACUGAGGCUUUAGAAAAACAAACACAUUUUGUUGAUCAUAAAACUAUUUAGAUAAUAGGAUGGAAUUUUUUGUUUUCUUUCGGGUUGGUUUAGGAUAAGCAGCACUGAAAGUUUUCUUGAAUUCAUGUCCAGCCAUAAUACUUGGCAUCUGAAGUACAGAUUCAGCACAUUUUAGUCUUGGUCUUUUAUGAUGAUUUGAAAUCAAUAUAUUUGUUGAAAUAGUCUUGUGUGAAAUGUUGGUUUUGAAAGUAGUGUUCUGAACUUUAGUUGAUGAUCUGCAGGUUGUGAAAACAUCAUCUUAUGGGAAGAAACGUCUUCAGUCCAUUUUGGAAUACCAUCAUGCUGAUAUGGACUGUUUUCUUGUUUGCCUUUGUAAAUUUGGGACCGGAGUUAUCUUAAAUCAUUUGUGUGCAAUGGAUGUUACUACAUCAUGCGAUUUUACAUCAUAAUAAUUUCUGAGCAGUUUUGAAUUUAUAUAAGGUGAUUACUUGUUAUUAUUUGUAACAGGGACGCAUAUAUCAUGCGAGCUUGUGCACCGUUUUCAUUUGUACAUAUAUACUGUUGUCGUAGAUUUUUGUAUGUUGCUUGAGCAUGAGAAAGUCACCAUAAAAGAGGGGACAUUUAUGUGAAACCAUGCUUUGUACAUGUCAUUGUGAUAAAUACACAGAGAAAUUAUCUAUUAUUUUAAAUAAUCUCAGUUGCUUUAUAUAAUGGAGUCGCGGGAGUUUAAGUUUAAAUAUUUUUUAAAUUUAAUAGCCUUCAGAAUGCUGUGAAAUAGAGAGUAGACACCUACAUUUGACUAAUGUAUGGGUGAAUGGUGAUUUUGUCACCGACUAUUAUUCAUCAUUUUCCCCCACUAUCUAGUUGUGAAGGAGGUCCCAGCAUCUGCAAAAGGCUCGGGGGAGGGUUUUUGAAUCAUCAGUACAAUUGGUAACCAUGUUAACCCAAGUACAUUUUAGCCCUUUGUAUCUUUAUAGUAGGCUUUGGACUUGAAGGAACUCUGCUUAGAUGUACAGCAUUUUCUCUAUUAUCAGGGCUAGUCUAUGCAUGCAGAAUAUGUAUCCUGUGGAUUCAUACGAAGAUAUUUCUUCAAGCAACAUACCAGACUGAAAUGCUCAAUGCUUAUUGCUAGUGCCAUGUGCAGACUCCUCUUUUAAGUGGUUGUCUUGUUUUUCUAGCUGUAGGCAAAUAUGGUCAUGUUAUAAUGUCUUCUCACUGUUAAGUAGGCCUACUGGUACAAAUUAAUUUUUCUGGGUGCCUAAGUGAUGAAAAGAGAAAGAGAGAAUGUUGUACUUGAGUGCCUAUGUGUAUGCGUGAGUGCUGUUGCUUAUUUGUUCCUACAUAGUCUCAGGUGUUGCCUUGCGCGAUUGCAGUCCUCACAUCAUUGCCACAGAGGAGAGUUUUUUUGUUGUUGUUUGUGAUUGAAGGAGUGACUGGCAAUUCUAAUGCCAGACAUUAUUUAUAAAUUUAAAUACACAGAGGGUAAGAAGCAACUACAGCACGCACUGGCAAACGCUGUCCUCAUCAUUUAGUGCAGAUUGCCUACAAUAAGUGUCUCUGUUCUUAUUCCAGAGACAUAAUAUCUGGCAUCUACAUGUUAUGUAUAUAUGUGAAAUACUAAUAACUGGAUGGAUUUUCUUUGAGAACUCUAUGAUUAAAUGGCGAACCAUAAUA